GAGUUAAACCAUAGCCGGGUUAUCAUUUCGCCAAACAGGCUUUUCGAAAUUUAGGGCUCAAUUUGCCUUUUAUUAGAAGAACGAAAUUUUGGGGCAACAAAAUUGGUGGUGGUGAUGGAGGAGGAGGAGGAAAAACGCAUGAAACGCGAUGAGUUGAUCGAUGAGUUGAUCGAGGAGGUAGUUUUGAGGCUUCCACCGCCGUCGGUGGCUCGAUUCAAAUCUAUUUCCAAGUGGUGGCGACAAUAUCUGUCCGAACCACAGUUCGUGGAUAGAUAUGAGGCUAGAAAUCUCUCGCUUUUAGGGUUUUUUUACCAGGCAAGCUACAACAAGUUCGUUUUCAGAGCGAUCCCAUCCAAUCCCAAUGAUAAGAGUUCGAGUUCGAGUUCGAUUUCGAUUUCCAGAGGCAAUCGCCUACGAACCAGUGUUGCGAACCAUUGCGGAGCAUCAGAUAACACCCUGCUAGUCAUCAACUCUUGUAAUGGCCUACUCCUCCUCUACUCUUCAAUGCCUGUUCCUUACUAUGAGGUUUAUAAUCCUACUACUGGUGAUAAAGUCUCUGUCCGAUUCUCGUACAAUUACGAAACCUUUGCCACACGGUAUAUGGUAUUUGGAUUUGCUUUUGAUCCUUAUUCUACCCAUCCGUGCUUCACAAUCGUGGACAUUGCAGAUACUGGAGCUCGUAAGUUUCGGGUUUUUUCUUAUUCUUCACUUCGCUCAUGUUGGAGGACAACCUAUCACAGGGUCCCCUCCAAUGUCAGGGACGGCUAUGCACUAUCUGGUCGGUCCACCUUCUGUAGAGGGGCUUUGCAUUGGUUGUUGGAACCUUCGGGUGUCGUCUCCUUUGAUGUUCGCACCAAAACCAUUUCAUUCUCCUUGAUUAACCUACCGGGCGAUGACAAAUACUUAGAUGACCAUGGGUUGUGCAUAUGUGUUAAGAAGAUGAGGGAUGCUGGGUUAUAUUCCAACGGUUAUUGUAGUUGCCGUUAUUUGGGGGUAUCCGGAGACGACCUAAUAUACAUUCGAGUUACGGGUCAUUCUCAAUUGUCCCUCUGGGCUCUCAACUGCGGUACAUGGUCUCAUACCAGUGUCAUUAAUGUUGGGAACUUACCCGAGUCUCUCUUCUUGGGUUGCGUUUUAGAGUUCCGCAAAAUGGAGACCCCUCUCCUAUACCUGAGGGUGAAAAGGAGGAUUUUUUCAUAUAGCCUUAUUAAUGGUGUGCUUCAAGAGCUUUUUAGAAUCACUAAAGAAUAUGGAGGAGGAGAUAAUUGCCUUGGCUUUAUCAUUCCCUAUCAACUGCCGAGAAUUUCCUUGUCCAUUCCCAGUAUUACUCCCCAAGAUUCACUCUCGAAUGAGGCAAGUUUUGAUUUCCUGUUCAAUGCUGUGAAGCAGUUGCAAGCGGAUCCUUUAGCUAUAACUGAAGACACGCUUGCUCACCCAAAAGCGUACGUGUUCUUAGCCAGAGCGAAAUCAAUUGUUCGUCGUUUGAACGACGAUGGCCUUAUUCAUCUCUAUAGUCAGCUUGGGAUUUGUCAAGUGGCUGCGAAAUGUUUUCCUCAUCUCCAGCAUGUCGAGUACGAUCCAACUGGAAUUCCUGUAUGGUCCUUCUACAACUUGCAUGCCCCUUUAACAUCCACCGGUCUUCGUGAUACAGUGGUCAAGUACAAUGACUUCAUUCGGGUUGAAGGAUGUCUAUAUGGAUGCACCGCUAAACGUGUUGGAGAUAUGCCUCCGCCAAGAUAGUAGUUUGGGGAGACUUGAAGUAAGAGCUUCUUUUGAUUGCAUUUAUUUUGUAUAGCUAAAGGUUUAAUUGUAUUGAGUUAGACUCAUUUUGUUGUAACCAAGCAUUGACUUGGAAAUAUGUAAGCCUUUAGGGCAUAUGAAUAUCUGUAUAACUCUUAUUUCUUAUUCUUACUUGUAAUACAUGCUAUAGAUUCAGGAUGAAUCAUUCAUGAAUGUGUAAUGCAUGUAUCACCUUUUGUAUAUCAACUCUGAUGAAUGAAAGAUUACUAUUUUGUUUA